AUGGCCUGGGCUCUCCAACCCGUCGUGAACGUCGGCCUCCAAAUUCUGCUGAGCAUCUUCCUAGGCUGGCUGCUUGUACGCUUUCGGGUCCUUGAUGCCGAAAAAUACAUGCCUCAGGUAAACACGCUGGUGCUGUGGGUUGGCGUUACCUGCCUAGCCGGCUACUACCUGGGGAUCAAGUUGCAGCUGGACGAUGCGGAGGCAUGGAGGACCCUCGCCGCCUACGUCCUUUGGAUCGUGGUGACCAAGCUUGCCAUCCUGCUGUACUGCCUGGCGGUCAAAAGCCCUCCAUCACCCCCGCCUGCUCUCCCGGUCCGUAUGUCCGUCUGUUGGAAUUUGCCGGAGCCGAGCAGGUCGCGCCGCCGCUGCAAGCGCCUCGGCGACAUCGACGGUAGCACCGCCGCCGCCAGCCUCAGCUCCGAUGGCGGCAACAGCGUCGACGUCAAGAACGAUGGUGGCGGCGACGUCGGCUCUAGUGGAUUUUCCGUACUUCGCGAGUCGGCGCUGCUGACGUUGGUUCUGACCGCCAACAACACAGGCAUGAUCGGGUUGCCGAUCAUGGACGCCACCUUCGGAGCUGCAGGCCGCCGUCUGGCGUUACUGACGGUGCACAAGGUGCGGCAGGGCGAGGCAGCUGCAAGCAAGCAGCGGCAGCAGCAGCGGCGACGGAGCAACCUGUCGUACAACGCCAAAGUGGAAUACUCUGACGGCAGUGAUGACGACCAACACGAUGGGGGCGACGGCGCUGCCUGUUGUCGUCAGCCAGACGGCAUGGCGCCGCCAACAGCCACAGCCGCAUCGCCGAUCGCCAACGGUCAUCACGCCGACGGCGGCGCCGACGCCACCAACGCCCGUGUCGUACGGCGGGAUGGCGGCCGAGGCGCCGCCGAAGCCACACUCCUCCAUCGCACCGCGGGCGCCGCACCCGCACCCGCCGGCGCCGCCGCUGACGCCCAAGUACGACUGACGCCAUUCCGGCGGUCCGCUGACGCCGUCAUCUUGAGCGGCGGUCGUCCGCGGCGGCGCCGCCGCGGCCCCGCCGCCGCCGCCGCUGACGCGGCGCGAGGUCGAUUCAAUCCCAAUACAAGCGGUAAUGCGCUGGCGGCUGCCUCCGCCUCCCGAGCCGUGUCGGCGCCUCUGGAGUGGUCGCGCGGGGACCGCGACGGCGGCAUCGGCAUCGGCGCUGGCGGCGGGCGCAUGGAAGAUCGCCGUACGACGGUCAGUGUGCCGCAGGGCGCUGGCAGCCCCUGGGAGUUGGCUCGCGUCUGGGAAGGACUUCACGCACCCACUGACCUUGCCCUCCCUGGAGCGGGGCUGCUGAUAGGUGCCGCCAGGGCAGCGGCGGUGGCUGUGGCGGCAGCAGCGGCGGCGGCCUCGCUACCGCCGUCGCCGUCGCUGCCGUUCCAGCCGAGGACAUCACCGUUCGCGGCCAUGGCCUGUGUUGCCGCUGGUGAGAUAGCCACCGGCACGGGCGGCGAGGGAUGGGCUGCCGUACGGUCCGCGACUGCAAAGGCGGCCGUCGCCAUGCAUGUACGGCGGCGCAGCGGAUCAACGGGCCCGCGUGCCGCGGCGGCCGUCGCUGCCGGCACGACGUCGCGCAAGUCACCGGCGGCGCCGCUGCCUGCCGCCCUGUCCCUCGCAUCGACGCCGUCGGCGACCUUGUACGGCAUCGACGGCGGCGCUGGGCGCCGCAGCUCAUCCCACGACGGCGACGGCGGUGUCUCCCAGGCCACCUCGUACGAGUCUCACACCGCGUACGACGGUACGACACAGCAGCCGCGCAAGAGCGUCAGCGGCGGCAUCACCGCCGCCACUCCAGAGCCGCAACUACCCACUGCCGGCCUCUCAUCUACUUCUCCUCCGAAACCACCGCUGCCACUGCCGUCGCUGCCGCCGCAAUCUUACCCGCAUCCCGCCCUUCCGCCCUCCCCGCCAUUGCGAAGCCGCCGCCGUCUCUCGGCGCUUUGCGAGAUCCGUAUCACGACAGCUGCGGCGGCAUCCACGGGGCAGCGGGACGAGCCGCCGCCGGCGACGUCGACGCCGCCGCCGUUACGUACGGAAAGGUCUCCUCCUUCCCACCGCGCCCGAAGCAGCGACAGCGCUUCAGCGGAGCUGUUGCCCGUUUCGCGGCGCGGCGUAGUGGUUGAGGAGUAUGAUGGCGAGGACUCGGCGAGGGGGAGAGACGGUGGCCGUACAACGGCGGCGACGGCGGCGGCGACGACGGCAGCGGCAUCAAUAGCCACGGGCCCGGAAAGGCGACCUGUUGACGCCAGCGGCAUCAACCUUUCAGCGGAUGACGCCCCCAUGUCGCGUCGAGGUGUUGUGCUACUAGAUAAUGGAGAUAGCGGGAGCUUGGGAUCGGCGGCGGACGGCGGCGGCGGCGACGGCGGUGGCGGAGCAGGUGGUCGUACAACUGCCACAAUUGCAGCGCCCGCAGCGGCGGCGCCGGCGGCGGCGGCGGCUGUCUCCGCUGCUGCUGAUGGCGUCGGAACGGGCAUCCGCCAGCUGGGUACGGCAAUGCGAACCGUCGGCAAGCUGGGUUUCGUGCCCGAGCUGUUGCACUGGUUCGCAUCCAUUGCCGUACCGGUAUCCCUUGUCAGCAUCGGCGUCUGGAUGUACGGCAAGCGCAUGCCAGCAUCACUGCUUAGGCAGGCCGGCACUCUGCUGCUGCUCAAGGUUGCCGUACUCCCCCUCCUCCAGGCCGCAUGUGCCGUGGCGGUGGGGCUGCCCGCGGGGCCCACACUGACCUUGGUGCUGCUGGCCUUGUGCCCCACGGCCACAAUCUCCUUUGUGAUUGCCGCGUAUUUUGGGUACGGCACUGACGUGUUCUUAUUGCAUUGCAGCUGCCGGAAGCCCUGGGGGUGGGAGUCCGUUUGGUGUCGCGAGGUGAAUGACGUGACACAGCCGCCACAGCCACAACCACAGAGAUCAUUUUCCAAGGAGGCGGUGGCCGCAUGA